UUGAAUGUGGUGGUAGUGUUUAUUGAUUUAAAAUAAAUUUUAUAAACGACAUAAUAAUAUUGCUUGAGACAGUUUGAAUAGACAACAGAUUAUAAUAUUGUGUUAUUGAAUGAAAGUUUUCCGUCUAAAAUCUAAAUAUAAUUAUGAAAGAUGUUACCAAUACUACUACAGAAAUCGGCAUGUAGUAAAUAGUUAUUAGAGGAAUUCCACUGGAAAACUAAACUGAAAAGCUUAUUAAAAUGACUUCUUCCUACCUAUCCAAGGAACAACUUAAGGGAUUUGAAAAGUAUAAGUAUAAUUCAAUAGACACAAGCAUUCUAAGUAAAUAUGUUAUGCAUCCGUUCUGGGACUGGUGCGUACAGUUUUGUCCGGUAUGGGUAGCACCAAAUAUUUUAACAUUUACUGGAUUCCUAUUGACUGUACUAAACUUCCUUCUCUUCUCCUAUUAUGAUUAUGGAUUCCAUGCUUUAACAGAAGAAAACGCUACAAAUGAUCACAUUCCAAACUGGGUUUGGGCUGUUGCCGCUGUAAAUCUGUUUGUUGCAUACACUUUAGAUGGUAUCGACGGGAAGCAAGCUCGGCGUACGGGGACCAGUGGGCCUCUGGGUGAGCUGUUUGACCACGGAUUAGACUCGUACUCCGCUGUUCUGAUACCCACGUGUCUCUACAGCAUAUUUGGAAGAUACGAGCUGAGCCCACUGAGGUUUUUCUUCGUAAUAUGGAAUAUCUUCAUAAACUUCUUCCUGACACACUGGGAGAAGUACAAUACAGGCGUCAUGUUUCUACCUUGGGGUUACGACUUCACAAUGAUCGGUUCGUGUGUACUGAUGCUAGUGACGUCCAUAAUAGGACCCCACGCGUGGCACGUGAGUCUGCCGGGCGCUAUCACCCCUGGAACCAUCUUCGAAGUGACCCUUUACCUCUCCGCUAUGCUCACAAGUCAGACUGUUAUCCUGUGGAAUAUUUAUAAGUCGUAUCGCGAUCGCACAGGCAAGAUGCGUCCGUUCAACGAGGCGAUAAGACCACUGGUACCUCUAGCGCUGUUCUUCGCUCUCAGCACUCUUUGGGCUGUCUAUUCCCCGACUGACGUCCUCAGCAGGGGACCCAGGCUCUUCUAUAUACUCACCGGGACUAUCUUCUCAAACAUUAAUUGUCGUCUGAUAGUGUCACAGAUGAGUGACACCCGCUGCGAGGUGUACAACGGUCUACUGACGCCGUACAUGUUGGUUCUGGUGGCCGUAUUCUACCUGCGCGUGUCCCCCAUGACGGAGCUGAUGCUGCUCGGAGCGCUGUGUGUGGCCAGUUCCAUCGCGCAUAUAUACUACGGCGCUAGCGUGGUAAAAGAAAUGUGUGAGCAUUUCCAAAUCUCCUGUUUCCGCAUCAAGCCAAAGAUUAAUUAAGUGUCUCUUAAUUAAGAAUGUAUCGCGUUUAGGUCCUCUAUGGUCUGCACUAUUAUUGUGCUAGAGAAAUUUAGAUCUGAUCUGAGAAUCUUAUAUUUUUGAUGUAGUUCUAUAAUUUUAUAUGUGUAGUAUUAAUUUUUAGAUUGCCAUAUACAAAUUUACAGGUUUAUGUACGGACGUUUUGAAAGUUUUGUGUACGAAUUAUAAGUAGUUAAUUAUGAUUUUCAAUUUAAUUGAGAUCGGUCGGUAUUUUCAAGGAUUCCUAUAUUUGUAAUUAUAGAAAUAGAUUUAAUGUCUAGACAUUGUCUAUUUAGAUUUAAUUCUUGCCACAUUUAAAAAAUAAUAUCUUUUUAAAUUGCCAUACCAAAUUAUGUGUAUCCUAAGGGCUACAGUCGAAUUAUUUAAGAAUUUCAAUUUUAUGUGGGUCUAUAAAAAGAAAACUCUGAUUUUCCACAAAAUUUGUUGUAAACGACAAAAUGUUCUGUAGUGCGGCUUAUUGAGGCGGCCGUACACGGCCGUACUGAAGCUCCGACUAUAAAAGGAUCAACAGUCUAUAUUGUGAUGCAUUCUCCUGGCUUGGCAGAUAUCGCCCUUCAAACGUUUCAAGUUUUGUAUCAGGUAUUAAAUACUCAAAAACAAGUAACUGUGAUCAUUUAUGCGAUAUCAUUAUCGUUGCAAAGGUUUAAGGCCGCCUCCAGAUUCACAAACUUAGCCUGUUUCUGCCCAAAUUCUCAAAUUGUUGCUAGCGAAAGCUCAUCCCCAGGCCCCAGCUUUUACUCAAUUCGCAAUCACUUAAUAUACAACUUGUAUAACGGUAAUGUCAACAUCUGCCACCUGUAUGGUUUCCACAAAAAUCUACUUUGCAAAAAACUGAAUGACUACUCGUAUAUUAUCAAAAAUUAUUGGUGAUAUUUCGAUGUACCUAAUUCGGUUGAUUAAAUGUUUAAAAUUACGUAUUGGGGUGCUUAAAACUCCUUUCAAUAACAUAUGAUAUGAUAUGUAGAUAAGGGCGGCCCUACACGCUUCAGUAAAGUUUAAUAUAUUUAAUAUUGCAUAAAGUUAGUUUAGAAAGUCAAAUUAAGCACUUGAACUUUACUGAAGCGUGCGUGUACAGCCGCCCUUAUGUACACCCAAAUUUAGUAACUAAUGGUAGU